UCACAAAAUGUCGACGUGUUGGUCCUGUCUGAUUCUGGUCGCAUCAUGGAUUUGUUUUCAAACACACUCAGUGUCAGGAGCCUGCACACCAGGAACGUAUGGUUUGGACUGUAGCUACACCUGCCACUGUAGUACUAACUGCAAUGACGUCACAGGCUGUUUCGGCAGCUGCCAAAGAGGAUGGUCUGGACUCAAAUGCAAUAAUGAAAAUAUAGCUCUCGGUAAAUUAACCAGUCAGAGUUCUCACUAUUCAACAUGGAUAAAAUCGUCACGUGCUGUAGAUGGGAGUCUCAAAACACUUUUUACUCAAAAUUCGUGUAUACACACAGCGCUUGGAUAUCCGUUCACCUGGUGGCAGGUAGACCUAGGCAGUGAAUUCUAUAUACACAAAUUAGCCAUUUACUUCAGAACAGAAGGUAAGUUCACUUAUUGAAUACAAAACUGGAUAAAAACUUACUACAUACACAAGUU